UUCGUCCGCAUCGCUGCUACUAAUUAGUUCGUCAAUUUAAAACGCUCGCGAAAUGUUCGUUGUUUGUCAGAGCUUUUGAUGAUAAAUACCUCCAUCGGCGUGUGAAAUUGGAUAGUUUGUUUAAUUUUUCAACUUUUCCAAAUCCCUUAACCCACACAUUUUGUCGGCGCUAUAUUAACGUGACAAAAUGAUAUAUGAAACAUCGUAUGAUACUGGGCUCAAGCCCUUUUCCCCCGAUCUGAAGCGAGGAAAGUGGGAAAAACCAACGGACUAUUUAUUCGCCUGCUUUGGAUUGGCCCUUAAACUGGAUAUAUUUGUGGCCUCGUAUUGGUUCUUCUUCGAUAUGGGCAUUUUUGGGAUGAUGCCGUACCUAGUUUACAUGGCAAUAUACUUGGUUCCAAUAAUGGUGAUUCACUCCUUCAUGGGUCAGUUCUCCAGCAGUGGGUUCAUCUCCGCCUUCCGUCUGUCACCAUUUUUUAAAGGGAUGGGAUAUGUAAGCGUUUUCCUGACCAUCGCCAUGUUGAUUUACUACAGCAUCUUUGCUGCUGUUCCUCUGCUCUUCAUGAUUAACUCAUUUCGACCUACUUUACCUUGGAGUUGUGAAGGCCUUAAGUCGUGGUACAAUGAAUCCGCUGGAAAAACUACAAUAUGCAAUGGGACAGUCAUUGAGGAUUUUAAUAGUAUGUCUGAUAACGACACAGAGUUUCACAGAUUACUAGUUCAUGUACCUUCCGUACUGUACUUUCAAUACCACUUUGAAACCGCUGAAGAGGACAAUUAUCCAGAUUUGAGUCAAGAUUAUGAGCUAUCCUGGCGUUUUGUGGGCCUCUUCUUUCUAGUUUGGACAAUGGUUGCAUUCAUUUUUUAUAAAUUCUCGGAGACGGCGAAGUUUGGCAAAUUUUUACGUUACAUGGUUAUUGUGACGCUGAUUCUCCUCCUGUUGUGCUUUGGACGAUUCCUCUUUCUUCCAGGCGCCCUCAUGGGGCUAAAGAGCUUUAUGAAGCCGGGUCUGGAGGAAAUGCUAAUGGGAGUUUCCUCGACAUUUGUAAUGGUUUUGCAUGCAUUCGGAGCUGGCUGGGGUAGUGUUAUGGCCCUGUCCAGUUUCAACGAGUUCAAGACUGACAUCAUGGCGUAUAGUUGGAUUAUUUCCUUCGGACAGAUUUUUAUUUUUACAAUGUUUGGCAUGGUUUCCUUUAUGCUGGAUCACUACUUCAAUGAACACAUAGAGGGUUCUUUCAACACACAAGUAUUGAACCAUUGGGUUCUGUUUUUGUCCGGUGCUAGCGCCUUGUCUUCUUUGGGUUGGCCGAACCUGUGGACUUUCAUUUACUAUACUAUGCUGUUAAUGGCUGCCCUUAUUGUGAUAACGACGCAGAUAUUCACAGUUUUGCAAAGUUUGUUUGAUGAGUUUGAAAUACUUAGAGUGAGAAAACAGGAGGUAACCUUUGGCUUAAUUGGAGGCAUUGCAGUAUGCUCCUUUUUCUUUUGCACAAACCAUGGCAUAAUUUUCUUUUCGGCCUUGGGUUUGGAUGUCAUUUUCUCACAUAGUCUGCUGCAUUUGCUGCUCCUCUUGGUGGUUUUGUGGAUCUAUGGUCGAGAACGUUUCCAGCGGGAUAUUGAGUUCAUGUUGGGCCAGCAUUUUGCCUCCUGGAAGGUCUUUAUACUCCGCUUCAUAGCACCAAUAAUAUUAAUUAUUUGCCUGGUAAUAGGAAUAUUUGUGUGCGUCAUGGAGCACACCUACUCCUCAGAAAUAGUCCUUGCAAUAUCCAUUAUACUAGUGGUUAUACCCAUUCUGGCCAUUCCUGGGUAUGGAAUCUACUUCCUCUACCUAAGCACUGGCACCUUUUGGGAACGCUUCAAACGCACCUGCCGACCCACCGAUUGGUAUCCGGUUGAGAUGGAGCACCGCCAGAAGUACGAGGAAUCCUUAAACAAUUCGGAUAUGACCGAACAGCUUACUAUCGUGCCAAACUAAGUUCUUUCAUCAGGAAUAACUCAUAUAUAUUUUGCUGAAUAAAACAUAGUGCUCU